CAGCCAAAAUAUUCCUCAUCCAUUCUAUACAAGCAAAAGAAACAAGGAAGAAGGCAAAAAGAAAAGCAUGGAAAGAGGAACUAUGCAUUUUGAUUUUCCUUUGAAUCAGUUCCAAUAUCCCUCUGCUUAUCCUCAUCCUAGCAACCUCAACCUUCCAGUCUCAGCUAAUCAUUCCGCCCCUUUUGAAUCCUACUCCUCUUCUCCUCCUCCUCCUCCUCCUCCUCCUACUAGUUGCUCUUGUUGUCGCACUCAAAUUCGUAGAACGGCAGAUAGAUUAACCCUGGGGUUGGGGCCUGUUCCGUCCAAAAUCGAAGUAGAAAACGCUGUAUCUUCUCUAGAGAAAUUCAUGGGGGGAGUUUCUUCACCUGGACCAGAAUUGAAAUGGCUUUGUAACGUAGGCGGUAGAAUUUUUCAUGUUUUCCGCUUGAUGCAGACACAGCAAUCUUUCAAGCGGCUGGUGGUUUCAUUAUCAUCCGAUAAAGCAGUUUGGGAUGCCAUCAAGAACAACGAGAUGGUUCGGAAGCUUUGUGAGUCACCUAUUCCAGCUGAAAAAGGGGAGAAGCUCGACUACCCUGAGAUCGAAGUGGAUCCAGACCUCAUUGCGAAAAUUCUGAAUUGGAUUUUUGAUAUUGCCAAAGCAAAAGUUGUGGAACUUGUAUUGAAGUUACAAGCUCUUGUGAGUGAGGUGUUUCGAGAUCAAGACAGCAAAAACUGGACUGAUAAUUCCAGAGAGCAGUUGGAAGACAUUGUUAGAUCGUCUUUGGUUCUCUCCAUGGUCAUCUUGUUGAUUGUUGUCAUAACUCGUGUACAAGGAGCUUGAUCAUUAAAACCUGCAAAACUAUAAUAAUUACAUGUUAGGAUUUUCAGAAUGCCUUUGUACAUCUAGGUCCCUAGUGCUUGGAAAUUACAUGAACAUGAAUACCCCAAUAUCCUGUUAGUAGAAUUUAAGAAUCGGAAGCCUUUUGACUAUUUAU